AUGCGGCAGAGCACAGCGAUUUAUGCCGUUAGUUCUCUACGAUACUACCAGAAAGCACAUGGUGAACUCAUAUGGCCCAGAGCGAAGCAUGCACUUGGAAAUUUUUCACGACUGCUGGAAACUGCAUCUCGCAAGGAACCCAUACUUCAUGCUAGCACCUACAAUCCCACGCACGUUGAUGAAACUACCAAUAUCAGGCCUUUGGAAGUCGACAAAGUGGUGGGUAAGACACCGUCGAAAGAGAAGAAGAGGAGCAGGGAGAAGGGCAAGAAUAAGAAAGAGCUCGCGGUCGACGAGAAGGAUCUGCAGUCCGCCAUGGGCUUUUGUACGAGGAUGGAGCAGGAAUCAGGCUUCCCUGUUCUCGCGGAAUAUACCGAGAAGCAAAAGGCAGCAACGCACAAAAGACCUAUCGAUCUGAAGAACGCCCGCAACAUGUUUGUCGAAGCGGUAGUCGCCGCCAAGAUCAAAGCCAUGGAGCUCGGAGAAGAAGACAGCAAUGAGGCUAAAUGUCUCCCAGGUUGGGCCGACAUUGACGAGACAGACACACAAAGCGCAAGGUUCUCUCAGCAAAUGAUGAUCUGGCUUACGGGGACGGGAUUCGAGAAGCUGGCCCUGCUGGCGACGACAGGUUCCGGUUCAGCCCACAGCGAAGUCCACGACCAAGUGAAAAUGACCGAUGUAGCCGACGACGAUGCAGCCGAAUUCAUCGAGGAAAAAGAAGAAGAGCAGGAGCGGAAGGGUAAGCAGGCCGCAAUUGCACCAUUCAUUCAGGAAAAGGAGACCGGCAAGACCAAGAAGAGGACAAAGCACCAGACUUUUCCCGAUCGCGUGGCCAAGAUGAGCGACUAUGACGUUUUCACGCCCCGAUGCAACAAGCUCCUGGAGCUUCAUGACGAUAUCUUGGCUCUCAAUAUCAUCACCGAAGCCUUCCGCCGACGUCAAUCCAUUAAUAUUGCGAUCUACUCUGGUGUCUUGAGCACAAAGGAGAUGGAUGACCUCUUGCACAAGUGGCAGACGGUGUCGCAUGCGACGACGCCCAUCGACUUCCAAGCCAAGGCUGGUGGAACUGGGCUGACCAUCAACGAAGCGUCGCAGCCAUGGUGGAACUCCCUCGAUGCACUGCAAGCCGAGCGGCGAGCCGUCCGAAUCGGCCAAGAAAAGCUUGUUCACGUCUGGGUGCUGACCUGUGCUAACAGCUUCUCGGACGCAAUCAUCAACACUGGUGCACUGCGGAAGCUGAGGGUCAUAGACAAGAUCAUGGCCGCGUUACGAACCGCAAAGGGAGCCGAGGUGGAGACCCCGCCACACGUUCCGCAGUUUGGCAUGGUACCGUAUAUUCCCUACACGCGAUUCAGAGAGAUGGAUGCAGCAGCGAUGCGACAAGAAGAGGAGAAACAGGCGAGAGGAGCGACAGAAGCAGGCAAGGCUAAAGUGGGUGACGAGAGGCCUAGCAAGAGGCCCAGGCUCCCAGAGGGCGCGUACGCCGAAGAUCAUGGUGCGGUUGAAGGUGUUGUAGGGCUUAUGGACAUUGCAUCUUACAACCAGCUCGCACACCAUAUCAGGCGGUCACAACUACGCAGUCGUCCCCAGAACACCGUUCUCGAGAUGUGGUAG